AUUAGCACUGCACUAUGGCUAAGCUGCAGGUAUUAUUACUUGUACUCUUGGCUAUUAACCAUCAAUCACUAGCGAAGCCUGGUUAUGCGACUCUGUCGAGGAACGGCAAUGAAUAUCCGGAUGUGUUCAAAUAUCAAUCGAGCCACGAUACUGCAUACCACGGGAUCCAGGCUAGUAAAAAGGAUGGUGUUAUAGGAUCGACGCCUAAUCACCCAGGAACUUCCAGAACCGCGAGAUCAUACACAGAUGAUCGUAUUGUGUUUAUAGAUGAGGAUCAGAGCGAUAGCGAGGAUUAUUCAUAUGGCAACUCGGAAGAUGAAAGUGAUGAGUCCAGUGAGGAGGAUUUCAGCUAUGAAGACUAUGAAGGUUAUGACAAAGAGGAGGAGUAUAGUCAUGAAGAUGAGGAUAAGGGGGAUUCAGAAAAUUAUGAAAACGAAGAUUGUGACGAAGCGAAUGAUAAUGACUACGAGAGCGAAGAGGUUUCCGAUGAGGAAUAUAGUGAAGAGGAGGAUGACCAUGACGUAAAAGGCUGUGGUGAAAAAGAAAGUGAGGAGCACGAAGAAUCGUACGAGAUUAGAGAAACGUACGAGGGUAAAGAAUCGUACGAGACUGAAGAAUCGUACGAGACUGAAGAAAAGUACGAGAGUGAAGAAAAGUACGAGAGUGAAGAAUCGUACGAGACUGAAGAAUCGUACGAGAGUGAAGAAAAGUACGAAAGUGAAGAAUCGUACGAGACUGAAGAAUCGUACGAGAGUGAAGAAAAGUACGAAAGUGAAGAAUCGUACGAGACUGAAGAAUCGUACGAGAGUGAAGAAAAGUACGAAAGUGAAGAAUCGUACGAGAGUGAAGAAAAGUACGAAAGUGAAGAAUCGUACGAGACUGAAGAAUCGUACGAGAGUGAAGAAAAGUACGAAAGUGAAGAAUCGUACGAGACUGAAGAAUCGUACGAGAGUGAAGAAAAGUACGAAAGUGAAGAAUCGUACGAGACUGAAGAAUCGUACGAGAGUGAAGAAAAGUACGAAAGUGAAGAAUCGUACGAGACUGAAGAAUCGUACGAGAGUGAAGAAAAGUACGAAAGUGAAGAAUCGUACGAGACUGAAGAAUCGUACGAGAGUGAAGAAAAGUACGAAAGUGAAGAAUCGUACGAGACUGAAGAAAAGUACGAGACUGAAGAAAAGUACGAGAGUGAAGAAAAGUACGAGAGUGAAGAAAAGUACGAGAGUGAAGAAAAGUACGAGAGUGAAGAAAAGUACGAGAGUGAAGAAAAGUACGAGAGUGAAGAAAAGUACGAGAGUGAAGAAAAGUACGAGAGUGAAGAAGAGUACGAGACUGAAGAAAAGUACGAGAGUGAAGAAAAGUACGAGAGUGAAGAAAAGUACGAGAGUGAAGAAAAGUACGAGAGUGAAGAAGAGUACGAGACUGAAGAAAAGUACGAAAGUGAAGAAAAGUACGAGAGUAAAGAAAAGUAUGAGACUGAAGAAAAGUACGAGACUGAAGAAAAGUACGAGAGUGAAGAAAAGUACGAAAGUGAAGAAAAAUACGAGAGUAAAGAAAAGUACGAAAGUGAAGAAAAGUACGAAAGUGAAGAAAAAUACAAGGGUGAAGAAAAGUCCGAGAGUGAAGAAUAUCAUAAGAGUGAAAAAUCGCACGAGAGUGAAGAAUCGUAUAAAAGUAAAGAAUCAGACGAAAGUGAGGAGUGUGAGGAAAGCGAUAAGUCAGAGGGGAGUGAGGAUGAGAAGGAACAUGGUGAGCCAAAAUAUUACGUGGCAAAUGAUGAGGAGCAGAGUGAAACAGAAAUCGAAGAAACAAGUAAGGAAAAGAGUGACGAGGGAAGUGCGAAAAAGAGUGAGGUAAAGAGCGAGGAGGAGGGUACAGAAACGAACAAGGAGAAAAUUGAAGGAAAAAUUGAAGAAAAGAGUGAGGUAAAGAGCAAGGAGAAGAGUGAAGAAAAGAUUGAAGAAAAGAGUGAGGUGAAAAGCAAGGAGGAAAGUGAAGAAAAGAGUGAAGAAAAGAGUGAGGUAAAGAACAAAGAGAAGAGUGAAGAAAAAAUUGAAGAAAAGAGUGAGGUAAAGAACAAGGAGAAGAGUGAAGAAAAGAGUGAGGAAAAAAGCGAGGAGCUGACUAGCAGAGAAAGCGAGAAAGAUGUAGACGAAGAAGGAGUGAAUAAGGAGCAGGAGAGGAGUAGCGAGAAGGAGGGAGAUGGUAAUAAUGAAGAUCGCGUAAAUGAUAAAAAGGAAGGUAACAUCAUUGAGGAGCAGGAGGGUGUGGUGAAGAAUGAAAAUGAGAAGAAACAGAACGACCAGGAGAAUAAGGAAUAUGAAGAGGAUCAGGAAGUGAGAGUCGACGCCAAGAAAAACUGAAAAAAGCUAUACCUGCUACGAAGAAAGUGACCAGAAUGGGACUAGUCUGUGGCCACUUACAAAACACAGUGAAAUGAUUUGAAUAAAGCAAAAAAUGAAGAUUGAAUGCAUCAAAUAAUCAUUGAUACUGAGGCAUUUUCUUCUUUCGUUGGCCGAUUCAUUCCAAUUUGACGAAUACCAAAAAUCGAGUAGUUCGAUAAAACGGAAGCUCUUUAGCGGUUGAUCUCUACUAGCCUUUACCGUACAGGGCAUUUAUAAGAAAUUUUAACCAGUCGACGUUUCAAGUUAUUCCCCAUCAUCAUUCGAUUGAUUGAAAGAAAGUUCAUCCAACCCACUGGUGAAUUUGAAAAAUUUUCGCGCACAACUGUGGGAUUUGUCCGAAAUCCUUUCAUACAAGUAUUUUUUCAUUAUCAAAAUCUCUUCUCAAUAUAUGACGAAUAAUAAACUAUUUGAAAAAUUUCGAAACAUAUU